AACACACUGUGAAUAUCAGUGAGCUGUCGACCCACCCCAUUACAGUCUGGUUUCCGGCACAUAUUCUUAAACGUAAGAGCGCAUAACAAUCACCUAAGGCUCACCGCUGGAUUUCCGAUUCGGUGGGUCCAGGGUGGGCUGCAAAGUCCACAUUUGAAAUGAGCUCUCCCCCACCCCCACCCCCGCCCCAUGGUGAUGCAGGCGAUCCGAGGACCGCACCCUGAGAGGCCGUGAGAACCGACUGACUUCACAAAAGGCCUCUUGCCGCAAACCCUCGGCCGCCACCCACGCCCAAGCUCCGGGUGGACUCAUCUCUGCCGCCGUCCGCCUGCCCCACCCUCCAGGCCCCGGUCGGCUGCGGGCACACUUCAGUCGGAUGUAGACCUGGGCGCUGAGCUGCCAUUGCCAGCCACGACCUGGCUUCUACUUUUGCCAGCUACGACACGGCGAGCACUCGCGACUUCGGUAUCCAGGAGCCUGUAACGCGGCCGCCCAUUGGCUCAGCUCCGCACUGCUUGGCCGUAGGGCUUUCAAAGGCUUUAAAGAUUGGCUGGAGUUCCAGGCGCCGCGGCCAGUCGGCGGGAGGGGCAGGCUGGAGCGAAGCUGUCCCUAGAGCCUAAGGCCACGGCGAGGGUAACACGCCGCGCAGACGCCGGGAGACCAUGGAGGAUGCGACCAGGACCUUUGGGAAAGGAAGCUGCCCCCCGGGGCCCGUCCCAGAGGGCCUGAUCCGCGUCUACAGUAUGAGGUUCUGCCCCUUUGCGCACAGGACGCGCCUUGUCCUCCGGGCCAAAGGCAUCAGACAUGAAGUAAUCAACAUUAACCUAAGAAACAAGCCUGAAUGGUACUAUACAAAGCACCCUUUUGGCCAAAUUCCUGUCCUGGAGAACAGCAAAUGUCAGUUGAUCUAUGAAUCUGUCAUCGCCUGUGAGUACCUGGAUGAUGCUUAUCCUGGAAGGAAGCUGUAUCCAUAUGACCCUUAUGAGCGGGCUCGCCAGAAGAUGUUAUUGGAGCUAUUCUAUAAGGUCCCACAUUUGACCAAGGAGUGUCUGGUGGCCAUAAGAUGUGGGAGAGAAUGUGCUGAUCUGAAGCUAGCCCUGCGUCAGGAAUUCUGCAACCUUGAAGAGCUUUUACAAAUAGGAAGUCGUCUACCCCUUCAGGAGAAAUGGAAAAUAUUCAUUUGUUUUUUUCACCCACGAUCCAUCACUUUAAAGAUUCUUGGCUAUCAGAACACCGUCUUCUUUGGUGGAGACUGUAUAUCCAUGAUCGAUUACCUCUUUUGGCCCUGGUUUGAGCGGCUGGAUGUGUAUGGAAUAGCUGACUGUUUGAACCACACGCCAGCUCUCCGGCUCUGGACAGCAGCCAUGAAGCAGGACCCCACAGUGUGCGCCCUUCUCAUAGAUAGGAGCAUUUUCCUGGGCUUCUUGAAUCUUUAUUUUCAGAACAACCCUGAUGCUUUUGAUUAUGGGCUAACUUGCUGAGUCUCAGUCUCCCCCCUCACAUCCAGAAUUCCCAAGCACAUCGUGACUCUACAUCAGGGAUUGUUUUGGUGGGUCAAUCAAUCUCUGUUCAUUUUCUUUGAGGUUCUCAAUAAACGUGGAGACAGAAAACGUA